AUGUCCCCAUCCGAAUCCAAACCAGGCUUUGGAUCUACGAGACCUUCCUUCAAGCCGAUCAGCCAAGCUAGCUCUGCAGUGAAACGAUUUUUCCCAGGUGAAGAUGAGGAAGAGGCUGUAACCCUAGCCUUAGCUCCUACGAAAGCUCCCAAAUCUCCUCGUAUAGUCUAUGAACGAGAACCGCCUAAGGAACGUGUUGAUGGACGGCAUCACGGCCAGGCGCCAACGUUCAUUCCCGCCGCCAACACAGUACCGUCAGCGCUACAUGCCGCUCAGGAACUUGAAGCCCGGCGAGAGGAUAUUCCACUCCCGCGAUCGCCUCUCAAGAACGGGCAUGACGUUAAUAUACUAACGGACCACGACCAAAGCGGUGCUACCAGGCCUCCAAGCCCAUCCUCUACAAACGCGAAGGAGCUUUAUGCUAUCGUCAGCCAGGUUGGAGAGGGAACAUUCGGUAAGGUCUACAAGGCCAAGAAUGUGAUCACCAAGGUGCAUGUAGCCCUCAAGAGGAUACGGAUGGAGUCGGAGAGAGAUGGCUUUCCUGUGACUGCUAUGCGUGAAAUCAAACUCUUGCAGUCAUUACGACAUAACAAUGUUGUCAAGCUGUAUGAAAUGAUGGUGUCUAAUGGCUCUGUAUACAUGGUCUUUGAGUACAUGGACCAUGAUUUGACUGGUAUCCUGUCACAGACGCAAUUCUCUUUCACCGAAGCUAAUCUCAAGUCUCUUUGUGGGCAAAUGUUGUCUGGCCUGGCGUACCUCCAUCACAAAGGGGUCAUCCAUCGUGACAUCAAGGGCUCCAACAUUCUUAUCAAUAACCGCGGAGAGCUUAAACUGGCCGACUUCGGGUUAGCUCGGUUUUACCACAAGCGUAGGCAGGUUGACUACACCAACCGAGUCAUCACUCUGUGGUAUAGACCUCCCGAACUGUUGUUUGGAGCCACCGCGUAUGGUCCCGAAGUUGACAUGUGGAGUGCAGGGUGCAUUAUGCUUGAGUUGUAUACCAAGAAGCCUAUCUUCCAGGGGAACGACGAAAUCCACCAACUCGAUGUCAUUUACCGUAUCUUGGGCACACCAAACCUGGAGCGCUGGCCUGGUGUCACCGAGCUUCCAUGGUAUGAACUCAUCAAACCGAAAGAGGCUAUUAUCGAUCAAUUCAGGGUCUUGUUUCAGAAGUGGAUGUCCCCAGCAGCACUAGAUCUUGCUGAACAGUUAUUGGCGUAUGAUCCUGAGAAACGGGCGACUGCUUUACAGGCCCUGGACACUCCUUAUUUUAAACAAGAGCUACCUUUGGCGGAACUACCAUCCAAGUUAAUAACUCUGGAAGGAGAAUGGCACGAGUUAGAGACGAAGAAAGAGCGAGCGAAGAAACGCAGAAAGGUAGAGAAUGCUACACAGCAAUGA